AUGUCGUCAAUCUUCAAAAUCAUGCGAACGCACUCCGUAGACAGUGUAAUUGCACUCGUGCUCACCAGUAGAGGCUGCACCACAUUCUCCUCCAGAAUAUUUGUUAUCUGCCCCUUCCUCACUAACGAUAGCAAUUGGGUUCAGCCCAGCAUUCUCGGCCAGCGUGUAAGGAAUAACCUCAAGGGCCUCUGCAAAAGCCCUCACGCAGUAGCCUUCCAUCCCCUGCAGCACCUUCGCCCAGGCGCCCAGCUGCCUCGAGAGCUCGAUCUCGGGGGCCCCACCACCUGCAAUCAGAAACUUCUUGUUCACCAAGCACCUCACCACACACAGUGCAUCGUGCAAGCUCCUCUCAGCCUCAUCAAGCACCAGAUGGUUUGA